CUUUAGUAAAGUAAAAUGGCGACAUCCGUAAACGAUGACUUUCGGGAUGUAACUGCGUCACUUAUAAGUAGUGACAGUGACCAGGACGUAUCAAAGGCACAUGAUGAAGAUAAAUUCAAACCAAGGAAAGCUUCUUUUGGUCUGUCUGUUUUCAAUUUAAUGAAUGCUGUACUGGGCAGUGGUAUUCUUGGUCUUUCAUAUGCAAUGUCUGAGAGUGGUAUUGUAUUGUUCAGUAUUCUCUUAGUGACAGUUGCCAUGGUAGCUGCAUAUUCUUUACAUCUGUUAUUAAAAAUGUGUGCUGUAACUCAAGUCAAGUCUUAUGAAGACAUUGGACAGAUUGCACUGAAAAGAACUGGAAAAUUUCUGGCUGCAUUUGCAAUACUUUUACAAAAUAUUGGAGCUAUGUCUUCCUAUUUAUUUAUUGUGAAAAACGAACUGCCGCAUGUGAUACGAACAUUCAUGAAAGCACCGCCCCAUGUAGAUGGUUGGUAUUUAAAUGGUGAUUACUUAGUGUUACUGAUGGUCUUAAUUAUCAUUACUCCCCUCGCAUUGCUUCCAAAUAUUGGUUUUCUUGGAUACACUAGUGGCUUCUCUGUUCUUUGUAUGGUAUUCUUCACGACAGUGGUUAUUCUCAAGAAAUUCUCAUUUCCUUGUCCGAUACCAACAGAAGAUUGGAGUAAUGUAACAGCAACCAAUUUAACACAGGAGUACCUCUUGAGUAACUCUACAUGGGUAUCUCCAGCAGUCGUGACUAUAGCAACAGCGUUUGUGCCAACGACAUCUACAAAUAGUACUCCAUCGGAUGAUGGUGAUUGUGAACCUAAAUUAUUUUCUCUCUCUCUCAAUACUGCAUAUGCUGUGCCAACCAUGGCCUUCUCAUUUGUUUGCCAUACUGCUGUGCUUCCUAUCUAUGAAGAAAUUAAAAGACCUUCCAAGGCACGGAUGCAGAGUGUGGUAAAUAUCACUAUACUCAUCUGUUUUACCCUCUAUCUGUUGUCUGCUUUAUUUGGAUAUCUCACUUUCUAUGGUAAUGUAUCUACUGAGUUAUUGGAAGGUUAUACGUUAUAUAAUAGACAUGAUAUUCUAAUGCUGAUAGUUAGAUUAGCCGUCUUAUUUUCUGUCACUUUGACAGUCCCUCUGCUACAUUUUCCAGCAAGAAAAGCACUGACAGUGUUGAUAGCGGGUAAUAAACCGUUCUCUUGUCUUAGACAUUGUUUACUGACGGCAUUUCUAAUCACUCUGAUAACAGUCUUGGCAUUAUUUGUUCCUGAUAUCAAAGAAGUUUUUGGUUUUGCUGGUGCCACAUCAUCGACAGCACUGGUAUUUAUUUUACCUGCCAUAUUUUAUUUACGUAUUGGUAAAGAACCUUUCAAAUCUAGAGAAAAGAUUAUGGCAUUGUGUUUGUUCAUCCUUGGGAUAUGUGUGUUUCUACUGAGCCUCACUCUUAUCGUCAUUGGUUGGGCAACUGGAUGACACAGCAGCUUGAUUGGACAAACCAGAGGCUGAACAGAGAUACUGCUGAAUAUACAUUGUUUUCUUCCAUCUUAUUUGUAUAGUUAAAUGCACAGGUAUCCAGUCAUAUUUAUCGUCAGCAUCCACACUUUGGUGCGAUAAACGAAAUGCACACACUGCUUCACCCCAUUGCUGUUCUGAGAAAAAGGACAUUUGCAUAAAUGAUUUGAACUCAGCUUAGCUAAUUUUUA